AGUUUUAAUAAAAAAGAUUUUUUUUUUAACAUUUCAGUGUAUUGAACGCACUAUUUCUAAAAAUAUAUUACAAUUUUUCCUUUAUUAACUAUUACUCCGGGGCACCAUUUAGCAUUUUUCAUAUUUCUUUUAUUGAAGUUCGUAGAAAGUAUAUGUAACGUAUAGUAUCCGUAAUACUUGCUGAAAAAUCUUAGUAGUGACAAAAAUAUUAUCUUUAUCAUCCAUGGAUUUGAAAGACAUUUAAACUUGAUAUCUCCAAUUUAUAACACAUAUAUUAGAAUUUAAACUUGACAUCUCCAAUUCAUAACACAUAUAGUAUACAUUUAAAUUGACAUCUCUAAAUUCAUAGCACAAAUAUUUGUUAUUGAAUGUCUCAUGUUAAUCCUUCCAGCAAGGACUUAUUAUCAAAUAAAUUUGAUCAUCUCAAAUCGAUCUAUAUAAAGAAGAGAUUGUUUGUUCUUUUUCUUCGUCUAUCACCGCCAUGACUAGAAAAAAGGUGAAACUCGCAUUCAUAAUCAAUGAUUCUGCGAGGAAGGCGACAUUCAAGAAAAGGAAGAAAGGUCUAAUGAAAAAGGUUAGUGAACUUAGUACUCUUUGUGGAAUUGAUGCUUGUGCUAUAAUUUAUAGUCCAUACGAUCCUCAGCCAGAGGUUUGGCCAUCUCCAUUAGGAGUCCAAAAGGUACUUUCAAAAUUUCGAAGAAUGCCCGAAUUGGAGCAAAGUAAAAAGAUGGUGAAUCAAGAGAGUUUCUUGAGGCAGAGGAUUCAAAAGGCGAAAGAUCAAUUAACAAAACAAAGAAAGGAUAAUAGAGAAAAGGAAAUGACCCAAUUAAUGUUUCAAUAUCUUAGUGCUGAUAAAAUUAUGCCGAAUAUAAGUAUGGUUGAUUUGAAUGAUAUGGCAUGGUUGAUUGAUCAAUAUUUAAAAGAUAUCAAUAGAAGGAUUGAAUCAUUAACCAAGAAUGGUCAGGGUCAAGGUCAAGGUCAAGGUCAACCUCAAAUGGUAGCACCAACAAUGGCGAUUAAUGGUGUGGCUAAGAUUGAAGAUAAUGGACAAGGGAGUAAUGGACAUGGUAAUAAUGUUUUGGAUAUGAACAUGGAUGCUAUGCAAAAACAACAUUGGUUUAUGAAUUUGGUGAAUCAAGGUGGUGGUGGUGAUGAGGCAGCUCCUUUGAGUGAUGUUAAUAAUCACCAAAAUGGCUUUUGGCAAAACCAAUUUUUCCAUUGAAGAGAUGUGUGAUUGUUAUCAUUGUUUUAUAUUUGCUUGUUGCUAUCAUUGUGUUUUAUUAUGAAUAAGAGACUGUGGCUUUAUGAUCUAUGGUCUAGGUUAUGCAUGUUUAUUUUCUUUGUUUCACCACUUUGGAUCUAUCUUAUUUAAUAUUUUU